UGUGUGUGUGUGUGUGUGUGUUUACACAGUAGUAUCAGUUGUGUUAUCGGUGUAUUGUGAGUUGUAUCCCUCAGUCUGUAAAUACACUGGUUGUGUAAGAUUUAUUAUCUGUAUUAGCAUUAGCAUGGCUAGUUCUGUUAGCAUCCCUGUUUCUCCGCCGCUAGCUAACACACACAUCCUUCAGUUUCCGCUUCCGGACGUGUCCCAAACCUCACUGGGACAUGACCCUGUAAGGACUGGGCUUCUUUCUGUGUUAGUUAUAUACAGGUGCAUGACGUCAUGAUGUCCGAUCACAUGAACGGGAACGGAACAGAGGAACCCAUGGACACGUCCGCGUCCACCACCACUGCGUCCACCUCGUGCACCGGGUCCACCAGCAGCACACAAUCGGAGAACUUCCAGGCCUUACUACAGGCAGGGCUCUCUCACACCAUCGCCCAGAAACUGGAGCAGAUCUACACCUCAGGUCUGGUAGCUCACAGUGAUCUGGAUGAGAGAGCUAUUGAAGCUCUGAAAGAGUUUGAUGAAGAAGGAGCGCUCCAGGUCCUACAGCAGUUCAAAGAGAGUGACCUUUCUCACGUUCAGAAUAAAAGUGCCUUCCUGUGUGGUGUGAUGAAGACGUACAGACACAGAGGGAAACAGGGGACCAAAGUUACAGAAUCCAACAAAGGACCAGACGAAACCAAAAUCAAAGCUCUGCUGGAGAGAACCGGAUACACACUCGACGUCACAACGGGACAAAGGAAGUACGGAGGACCUCCACCAGAGUGUGUGUACACGGGACCUCAACCCUCCACCGGCACGGAGAUCUUCGUGGGGAAGAUUCCUCGGGACCUGUUUGAGGAUGAGUUGGUGCCCCUGUUUGAGGAAGCGGGGCCGAUUUGGGACCUGCGUCUGAUGAUGGACCCCCUGAGUGGUCUGAACCGGGGAUACGCCUUCAUCACCUACUGCACUAAACACGCUGCACAGGAGGCUGUGAUACUGUAUAACGAUCGUGAGAUCCGCAGAGGAAAACACAUCGGUGUGUGUAUAUCAGUGGCCAACAACCGUCUGUUUGUGGGUUCCAUCCCCAAGAGCAAGACCAAAGAACAGAUCCUGGAGGAGUUCGCUAAGGUCACAGAGGGUCUGAACGACGUGAUCCUGUACACUCAGCCAGACGACAAGAAGAAGAACCGUGGCUUCUGUUUCCUGGAGUAUGAGGACCACAAGUCUGCAGCUCAGGCUCGGAGAAGGUUGAUGAGUGGGAAGGUGAAGGUGUGGGGAACACUGGUUACUGUGGAGUGGGCUGAUCCUAUCGAGGACCCUGACCCUGAGAUCAUGGCCAAGGUGAAGGUUCUGUUUGUGAGGAACCUGGCGAACAGCGUGACUGAGGACACCCUGGAGAAGACAUUCAGUCAGUAUGGGAAGCUGGAGCGGGUCAAGAAGCUGAAGGACUACGCCUUCGUUCACUUCGAGGAGAGGGCCGGGGCUGUGAAGGCCCUGGAGGAGAUGAAUGAGAAGGAGCUGGAGGGUGAGACUGUAGAGAUUGUCUUUGCAAAACCUCCUGAUCAGAAAAGGAAAGAACGCAAAGCACAGAGACAAGCAUCCAAACCACCCAUGUAUGAUGAGUAUUACUACUACGGCCCCCCUCAUGUUCCCGCGCCCCCCUCCAGAGGGCGGGGUAGGGGCGGAGCCCGGGGCGGUUAUUCCUACCCUCCUGAUUAUUAUGGUUAUGAAGACUACUACGACUAUUAUGGGUACGAUUACCACGGUUACCGAGGCGGCUACGACGAGCCCUACUACGGCUACAAUGAGUUCCAGGGGCGGAGCCGGGGCGCACCCAGAGGGGGUCGUGGAGCGGGGCCUCUGCGGACCAGGGUCGGAUUUCCCCAGCACGGCGGUGCAGGAGGCGGAGCGAGGAGAAGAGGAGGUGGGGUUCGAGGGGGAAAGGCCUCGAGAGCGGUGCUGACAAACCCCUCUGAGUGAAGAGCGGCUCAUUAAAGCACAGCUUCCUUUUAGACGACGCCGGAGGAGGAGGAUGCGGCGCAGGGUUAUUAAACAUGCACAGUCAGCACUGUAUUAAGGGGUAAGUUCAGCACCAGGACACACACUGAGUGCACACCUGGUGACAGUAGAGGGCAGUAGAGUUGCCCCUGCUCCAUCAUUAACCCUGAUCACCUCCUCAGGCUCGGCUGCAGCAGACAGGAAGUGAUGUCAGUGACCUGGAAGUUGGCUGUGUGUGCUGUCAAUGUGCUGGAUUUACUUCCAGGUGCCUCUAGUCAUGGUUUUAUAUACGAUAAAUCCACAGCCAUGUCGAGUCGUUAGCAUAGCAUUGUUAGCUCACGUGCUAGUGUGUUGCGGGUGUAACAGGAUGAAGCAGGAAAUGAUGUGAACUUCCUGUUUGACUGCCUUUAAUUUCCUGUCUGUUUUAUUUUAGGACAAAUCAGAUGUUUUGAACUGAACUGUCGACUCGGUGCCUUUUUUUUUUUUUUUUUUACACGAUUGUUACAAAUAAAAUGUUUCAUACUGAAAA